GUCCUUCUCAGUCUGUUCCCAUCCUACAACCUAGGUACCUCAAACCAAAAAUGUCAGGAAAGCGUUUGUGGAUCCAGAAGACGCUGCAGCGACGAUUGCAGUAGCCAGUACCACUCUUAUGGGACCGCUUCGCAUCAUGUUGCUGAUCCGCCACUAGUAGAACAUUCUGAGCGCAAGUUGAGGAAGUCAGUUGGCUCAAGGCCGAUGCAUCAUGUGGUGAAGUACAAGCUGGCACAGCAGACGGAGAUGUACCUUCAGGAGUCCCCCGGGAGUUGAAGCAGUUGUCAGCUUUGAAUAAGCCAAAUCCAGCUGCCAAAGUGGGGCGCAUCUUGCCUAAUGAUUCACAGGCGUCAUCAUGUUGAGGGGAGCUUUCAAGCUGGGCCCAAUGAGCUACAGCGCAGCUUUCAGAUCCUCUUGGCCGAGCAACCACCCUGGUGCUAGGAUAGAUGCGGUUGCAGGUCGUUCGGGGAACGCGGUGCUCGAACUCUCGCUUGCUGUAUGGUGGCAGCUUUGCAAGCGAUGGGAGACUCUUUCGCACUCACAUUCACAGCUGGUUUUGGCACGUCCCCUAGCGUCCGCAGCUCUCCCUCUUGACCACACCCUAACUGAUCCACCUAACAACCCCACUCUCUCUAGUGAGGGCAAUGUCUCCACCUCUUCCAACACCUUUUCGAUAGCAGCAAUAAGCCCCUUCAGCGAUCAAAAGUUUCUCGCGUCUCGUUCUUUGGGAAGCACAGCAGAGCGGUCGAGCUGGUGGCGCCCUCGCGAGCCCCCCCUUGAAGAAACUAGUGGGAAACCAAUGGAGCCACUGCCAGUGUGGACUGACGCGUCGUACUUUGGGAAUGAUGGUCUUCCUCCUCCUCCAAAGCUGAUGGCCAGCCAACUAGCGUGUAUUCGUGGGGGCGAGGUGAUCUUCAGAGACAUCAAUCUGAGCCUCCACAGCGGGAGUGCAGUAAAUAUGACGGGGCCAAAUGGGAGCGGGAAGACUUCGAUGCUGCGGGUGCUGGCAGGAUUCAUCCCACCAAGCGCAGGGAGACUGCUGUACGAGGGGGUGGAUCUCAAGUCGGACACUGUCAUUGAAUUGUACAUGCGCGAGAUCAACAUCAUGUUCGGCAAGGACGCCAUCAAGCCGCGCUUGUCGGUCCACCAGAACGUCCACUUUUGGGCCACGUACGCGGGGCGCCCCGACCGCACCGACUGGGCGCUCGAUAGAGUGGGGCUGGGACAGUGCGCACAGGACGUGGCUGCGAUACUCUCCAUGGGUCAGCGGCGGCGGUUACAAUUGGCGCGGCUGCUGACUCUGCCCCGUCAGAUCUGGUUGCUAGACGAACCGUCCGUUGGAUUAGAUACAGAGGGCGUCCGAAUCUUGGAGCAGCUGAUCCACGAGCACCGGCUGCGGGGGGGCAUCGUGUGCGUGGCAACGCACCUCCCAGUGCGCAUGGAGAACGCUCUCCAUCUGCGCUUCCCGGCCAGAUCCGCGCGGCUAAAGAGCGUGACGUGGGACGACCUUUGAUAAAAGCGACUGCAAAGCCUUCCGAAGGAUCAAGAACGCGCUCGCUUCGAUCAUGGGAAAAUGUGUUGUCGUAGCAAGUUCUCCCGACGUUCAGAGACUGAGUGGAUUACGAUUGUCUUAACAUUGGUCAAACAUUCAGUCAACAAGGGACACGAUGCUAGAGCCACUGUGCCAGCGAGAUUUGAAUGAGCACAAGUGUCAAUGCGCGGUUGGAGCCUGAUGCAGUGCGCCCUCCAUUCUGCAUCCGCCUUAACAUUCGGGCAACUUCAAAUGUCAAAGUCGACUGAAAACAAGCCACAGCUGCGACGGUGGCGUAUAUAGACACCGCGUAUUCGAUUGCAACUAUAUAGUUAGUUCAUAGGGCAUCAUAUGUUUUCACGAUCCUGCAAUAGUGGAUCGAUGCAAGUGACGGCGA